UAUAGCUUUUUUUGUCUAUUUGUAUAUAUAAUGUCGUUUCGCCUUCCGGUCUCUCAUUUGACAUGGAGUCACGAGCUCAAUUCUGACAUAUACUGUUUCUAUAAUUAUCUAUUGAGAAUCUUCGCGAAGCCAUGGGAAGCCGGUGCACUCAUUUCGCUGUGUGGUCUACGCUGUCUUUUCCUGCUCUUUGCCGCGAUAAUAUCAUGAAUUUUCGCCCCGUAGUUGAUUGCAUGCCUGAGGCACGAAUAAUGACAGGCGGCGAUUGGCGGGCACGAUGGAGACGAGACUUUGGGCGAUUCUCCACCGGCCUCCCUUAUCGAUUGACCCCGUCCGCAAAGACAGUAGGUUCAAGAGCCCAGAGGGUUUGCAUAACCGACGCUCUCUGACCUACCUUCUGGGGAUUCACUAGUCUUGCUACUUUACCGCAAACAUUCACCGGCUCCGCUUUUCUAUACCCCAGCCAUUGCUGGCAGUCUC